AUGACGGAAGGCAAAGCACUUGCAAGAGAACAGAAGAUUGGAAAAUUUUACGUGGACGGUUAUGACGAAGAAGCGGAAAUUAUUUACGAAUUCUAUGGCGACUUCUGGCACGGCAAUCCCGCAACCACAAAACGCACAUUUGUAAAUCCUCAUCUCAAGCAAACGAUGGAGAAUUUGCAUGCGGCAACCGUCCAGCGAGAAAUCGCCCUUGAGCAAAUGGGAUACUCUGUUAUUAAAAUUUGGGAAAGCGAGUACGAUCAGAAAUUGGCAGAGGAUGAGGAUUUUCGUGAAACACUAAAAGAUAUUCAUGUUCACGCACCUCUUCAACCCCGCGAUGCUCUAUAUGGAGGCCGGACCAACGGGACACGGUUGCAUUAUAAAUGCGAGCCCGGAGAACAAAUACGGUUUGCCGAUGUCAUUUCGGAAUAUCCCUUUGUAAAUUCGCGGAAGAGAUAUCCAGUUGGCCCACACGUGCGAAUUACUGCGGACUUUGAUGCAAAUUUGGAAAAUUACUUCGGACUAUUUUACCUGACGAUUCUACCGCCCAAAUGUCUAUGGUUACCAGUUCUGCCCUAUCGUACUGAAAAAUUAACUUUUCCGCUAUGCCGGCUAUGUGCUGAGACGCAGCAAAAUUCUAGCUGUCAUCACACAGACGCCGAAAGAUCACUUACGGGCGUCUGGUGCUCUGUGGAAAUCAUUAAGGCACUAUCCCUGGGAUAUACGGUGAUAAAAGUCUACGAAAUUUGGCAUUUUCCGAGUUCUCGCGAAGGCUUAUUUAAAGAGUACAUCCAGCAUUUCUUGAAAUUAAAAACGGAGGCCAGCGGCUGGCCCUCUAAUGUUAAAACCGAAGAAGAGAGAAAGCUGUAUAUGGAAGAAUUUUUACUUCGAGAAGGUGUAUCUAUUGACGCCGAGAAAGUGGAAAAAAACUUGGGGCUUCGCGCCCUUGCAAAGUUAUUUUUAAACAAUUUUUGGGGUCGACUCGGGAUGCGCGAGGACAGAUUGUCUACACAGUUUAUUUCCGAGCCCAAAGAUUUUUAUGAACUUUUAUUAAAUGAUGCGUUGGAAAUUCACAAUAUCGAAUUCUUCAGUGACACCGUAAUUCAAGUUGCGUACAAGUCCAAGGAAGACUUUAUUCCAGUUAACCCAAAGACUAAUGUUAUCCUUGCGGCGUAA